GUGAACGAAACUUAAAGAAUCUUAGAGAAAAAAAUUGUUUCUUUGAAGUUGAAAAGAACGAAAACAAUAAUGUAUAGAUAAUUGUGAUAAAUAGGGACAAUUAUGGUAAAUAAGUAGAAAAACGAAUCUUGACAAGGUUAAUUAUUCGAAUAUCAACAAUGGCACUCGUUGCUUUAAAAAAUUUGAUUCGGCCGUCUCUUAUUCAAUUGCAACCGAUUUUAUCGAGAUCGUACAGUAUAAAUGAACCUGAUUAUCUAAAGGCUUUAGAACCAAAACAUCCACUUUAUCCGACAGUAAAUAUACAAAUUAAAGGCUAUGAUUUUCCAAUUGUGGAGAAAUUUCAAAAAUUCGUUCACAAAUUUGUGGAUAAAUUGGACAUCGAUGGGGAAGAAAGUUGGGCAAUGCCACCAAAAGAACUACACAUAAAACGCUACAAACCAAAAAGCAAUAUUCUGGAAGUCGAAUACAAAUUAAAUAUUUACGAGAGAAAUAUAAAAGUUUCAAAUGUUUCCUCAACCAAUUUACCAUUGUUAAUAAGAAUUUUAGAAGCGAGCGCACCCCCGGGUGUUGAUAUUGUCGUUGAAACAUUUGAUCCCGAGAAAGAACUGAAACGUUAUAUUCCCGAUACGGAUCUAUUGAAAUUAAAGAGCGAUCUUGCCGAGGCAAUUGAGAAAAAAGAAUGAAAAAAAUAAUAUUCAUUUUUCUAUAUAAAUCAUAUUUAUAUAUAAUAUAUAUAUAUAUUUGAUUUAAUAAGUCUGUACAAAAAUAUAAAAUACUAUAAAUAUUC